GUUUGGGGAAGUUGCUCAAUAUCGGAAAGUCACAUUUUACUGAACUGUGAUCCAAAUAUCAGUUUGCUAAUGUUCUGCUUUUACGGGUGCAUUCAACGGAUGACAAUAAACACCCGUAACGACGCUGGGAGUUGUAGGCUACAUCAUGUCAGUAUAACCGUCAGAUAAAACCCAAACUUAGUGUCAGCAUUUUCUCGUAGAAUGAAUAACUCAGUAACUUCCGCUACUUAUAUUCGCAACCUCAGUUAUAGUUUACGUCGCAAGUUGUCCGAUUUUUUGGACCCUCAAGACAGGUGGAAAGAUGUUAUUGUGUCGAUACGGAAGCCGAGUGGGGAGUUGAGGUACUCUCAGCAUCAUGUGAGGAGAUUUGAAAGCUUUGUUGCACAGGGUAAAAGUCCCACAGUGGAGCUGCUGGCUGACUGGGGGACCACCAACAGCACAGUGGGUGAACUUGUGGACAUUUUGAAGAGUCACAAGUUACUGGCUGCUGCUAGUGUUCUGCUACCUGUGGAAGAGGCCGUCUCAGCAGUGACACAGCAGGCCUCUCCAGCAGUAGAAACAUACAGCGCCCUUCCAACUAGACUAAUGGAAGAGACAGAGACACAGCCACCACCUGUCACCUCUGUUCUGCAGCCAAAGAUUCUACUGGAGAGCGACACAGGUUUCUCCAGUUUCUUGUACAAUGAGCUGAUGGAGAUUACAGGCAACUUUGAUGACCGUCCAAUAUCAGGCGGUGGCAGCAGACUCGGAGAGGGAGGCUUUGGCACUGUAUACAAAGGUCUCGUGAAUGACAAACCUGUUGCAGUGAAAAAGCUCAAUCCAAUGGAUGACGUCUCCCUGGACGAGCUGCGAGUUCAGUUCAGCCAAGAGAUCCAAACUCUGAAAGUGUUGAAACAUGAGAACUUGGUUGACAUGGUUGGAUUUUCCUGUGAUGGACAGCACCCAUGUUUGGUGUAUGCCUUUAUGGCCAAUGGUUCUUUGCUAGACCGACUAGCUUGCUUGGAGGGAAGUCCUCCACUGUCCUGGCAACAGAGAUGCUUGAUAGCUGAAGGGGUAGCAAGAGGCUUGGAGUAUCUGCACAGCAACCAUCAUAUCCACAGAGAUGUUAAAAGUGCAAAUAUCCUGUUAGAUGAAAAAUUUGUGGCAAAGAUCUCAGACUUUGGACUGACCAGAGCAUCGGCCAAGCGGACAUCAACAACCAUGAUGACGGAGAGGAUUGUGGGAACCCGUGCAUACAUGGCACCUGAGGCGCUGAGAGGAGAGAUCACGCCAAGAUCUGAUGUCUUCAGCUUUGGAGUGGUGUUGUUAGAAUUAUUGUCUGGACUCCCGCCAGCCGAUGAAAACCGGGAGCCACAGUUCUUGAUGGAGGUGAGGUAUGAUAUAGAUGAUGAAGACGAGGAGCUGACUUUGGAGGACUUCCUGGACAAAAAGAUGGGAGACUGGGAGGUGAGCCAGGCGGAGAGUAUCUACUCUUUGGCCUGUAACUGCCUCCACGAGAGGAAAAAUAGACGGCCAGUCAUCAAACAGGUCCUGUUGGAGCUUAAAGGAGUUGUCAAAAGCAUUUCACUGGAGUUUAGGGCACGGGAGUGAAGCGUAGCAUCUCAGAGAAGAUACAAGAUUUUGGAACCUGCUCCAGUCACAGUGCACACACACUGACAAAUUCAUUUCCUUCUCAACAGUUUUAGAGAAAUGAAUAUUGCUUGUUAACUGUGACUGAAUUUUUUUUUUUUUUUUGCAACUUGCAGUUUUCUGUAAUAAAAAAAACUGCAAUUUUAAAUUAUUUACUGUAUUUUUGGUAAGAAGCAUGUAGCUUAGUUUUUACAGUUGUGUAACUGUUACAAGAAUACCGCAGCAUGCUGUAAUAGCAUUAAACAUUCUGUGAGGCCGUUAUGUCAGAAGGAUUGAUGGCUUAAAAUCUUGAAAAGGCCGAAAACAAUUGGUCUCGCCACAGUGUUUCUAUCAUGUAUGUACAAUGAAGACAGUCAAAGGAAUAAAAUGAAUGAAACAGACAA